CGCCAUCUUCGCCAUCGCGCAGCCCAACGCAGGCAAGGCAGGCCAGCGCGCCGAGGCUCCGUUAGCUUUACUCGCUCCGCCGGCCGAGCAGGCAACCCGUGGUGCCCGUCGCGUUCCGUGAACAGAAACCAGAAAGUGUGCAGUGCAAUGUCGCAGUGAGGUGCUUUGGAUUUGGAUUGCCCACCUCACCAGGGCAGCCCCAGGGCAGCUCAGCCCCUGUGGACUCAGGACCGCGGGCCCUGAGGGCAGGGCAGCAUGGCGCCGCCGUUGGACCCCGUCGGGGUCCUGGUGCGCCACGUGCGUGACCUGGUGCGCCUGAAGCGCGCCCAGAAGGCGGAGGACGACGACGAUGACGCCGUCGAGUCCACCGUGGCCACCGCCAAGGAGACCACGAAAGAGGCCGCCAAGUCGGUCGCCAAGCAGGUGAAGGAGGCCCUGUCCACGGUCGCAACGGCAGCUGCGGGAGAGGGCCGAGGCACGACGGCCGGAGACGAUGAGACCACGUCGUCGCCCACCAAAGGCGAGGUCGAGAAGGCCACCGUGAUGGUGGACAAACUCGCCGAAGAAAUGGGCAUCCCCACCUGGGGUCUAGUAGCCAUAGGUAUUGCUGUGCUGGUUGUUCUCGGAAUAUGCGGCUGCUGCAUAAGACGCUGCUUCCGGAAGAGAAGGUCCAAAGACGGCAAGAAGGGCAUGAAGGGCGGCGUGGACCUGAAGAGCGUGCAGUUACUAGGAUCGGCCUACAAAGAGAGGGUGCAGCCUGAUAUGGAGGAGCUGACGGAGAACGCCGAGGAGGGUGGCGACGAGGCGGAAAGCAAGCACAGCGAAGUCAAACUCGGCAAGCUCCAGUUCAAGCUGGAGUAUGAUUUCAAUUCCAACAGUUUGUCGGUAACUGUAAUACAAGCGGAGGAACUUCCUGCCCUAGAUAUGGGUGGUACUUCCGACCCCUACGUCAAGGUGUACCUCCUUCCGGACAAGAAAAAGAAGUUUGAGACCAAGGUCCACCGCAAAACGUUAAACCCCGUGUUUAACGAAACAUUCGUGUUCAAGCAAGUUCCGUAUGCAGAUGCCAUGAACAAGACCUUGGUGUUUGCUAUCUUUGAUUUUGAUCGCUUCUCAAAACACGACCAGAUUGGUGAAGUGAAGGUGCCUCUGUGCCAAGUGGAUCUUGCACAGACUAUCGAGGAGUGGAGAGAGUUGCAAGGAGUUGAGGGCGAGGGAGGUCAGGACAACAAGCUGGGAGACAUCUGCUUCUCGCUUCGUUAUGUUCCUACUGCUGGAAAACUUACCGUCGUCAUUCUGGAAGCCAAAAACCUCAAGAAAAUGGACGUCGGUGGUCUUUCGGAUCCCUACGUGAAAAUCGCCCUCAUGCAGAAUGGAAAACGACUCAAAAAGAAGAAAACAAGUAUUAAGAAGUGUACGCUCAAUCCAUACUACAAUGAGUCGUUCACCUUUGAGGUUCCGUUUGAACAAAUACAGAACCCGAAAGUUCAGCUGGUCGUGACUGUUGUUGACUACGAUCGUAUCGGUACUUCGGAACCCAUCGGAAAGGCAGUCCUUGGGUACAACGCGUCAGGCACGGAGCUUCGCCACUGGACGGACAUGCUGGCCUCUCCGCGCAGGCCGAUCGCACAGUGGCACACGCUCAAGGACCCCGAUGAUGGCGACAAAAAGGAUUAAAGCCCCUUUCAUUCAGUGGCUCACGGGACAUGCAGCUAUGCCAGCCGCCCCCCGACCACCCCUUCUUCCAUUGGGUGUACAUGAGCUUCAUCUGACAGCACUGGUGCCGGUCCAGCCUCGCUUGGUGACUUCUGAAAAUUUACUAGCCCCAACUAUAAUGACGUAUCUACUGUACCAAAUGUAUCUUUGUGGCUUUGAAGAGGCGUGUUCUUCUCAUUUGUUCCCCAAAUUUUGCCGCCAGUUAUUUUGAGUGUGUACUCAUUUCCAGUGUUUAAGUGUUAUAAAUGAAUUUCGUCGUAUAUACUUUACCAUAAUCAGUAUUGUAUUCGAUAGCUCUGGAGAGAGGUAUCGGGCCAACACCGGUCCAGGACAGGAUUUGAGGGACUAAGAGCUAGUUUGAAGGAUUAAGUUUGGUAACGAUCUUGAGGCCGGCUGGAGUUAGAAUGUGCACGAGAAGCCUUAAAGUACCAUAUACUAAUGUGUUAUUGUAAAAAAGAUAAAUAUGAAAGGGCUGAAUUCAUUUUGGCUCUAAGGUUUUCAUGAUCCUUCCAUUAUUCCGCCUACUGGAUGAAUGAUAAUUUUAUGUUCUGUUCACGCUUGAAAAAGAAAAACUGUGUUUCACUAAAAUAAAACGCUUUUUAGAAGCAAGGGUACGUACAAUCAUAAAAGUCAUUCAUUCUGUGGACAAAACAGAGCCAAGUUGCAUUCAGCCCAAAAUUUGACGCACUAAAGCAAAUCUAUAACAUUGUUUAAUUUUGUUGUUGAAGUUAAAGAUAUGUAUAUUCAAAAAUUAAAAAAGAGCUCCUCUUGUCAUAUAAUUCAUAUCAUAUUUUAAAGAAAUAUUGUGAUUUCUUAUUGAGGAGGCACCACGAUCACUAAAUAGAGUAGAUAAAGGUAAUAGAACAUCAACGAAUGCUAUUUUUAAGAAAUGCUUGACAAUAUAGUUAAGGGCAGUCUGUGCUACCCGAUUAGCUGUUGACUGUCUGAUUGUAUUUACCAUAACAAUGUUCACUUGUUUCAUUCUCGUCAAAAUAACCCAUACUAUUUGUGAUGGCCACGUAAUGUAGUCACGUUCUGUGUAAAAUACUUCCAGUGAAACUGCCCACUCAACUCGUGUAUCUCGUUCAAGCAUGUUUUGGCCAGGUUCGCUUGUUGGAUGCGACUAUAAUAGACAAUAGUUUAGAUGUUAGAAGACGUUAACGGCUCUGGAGACCGAGUGAGAGGGGUGUGAUUGUGUGUGAAAGAGCGAGAGCGUACCUUGACAGUUUUUCUUCAGAAAAUGUUCUGUCAUGAAUUAAAAUUCUUCCUCGUUACCAUUAUCAAGAGGUUACCGUCGCCAAAUCGAGCGCCGAUAACUUGAAUUGUAAAUAGCUUUAUGUACUGAUGGGCACUCAAUAGACUGCUUUUGAUCUAACAGCGGCACGAACACAUACCACAUUCUCGUACUUGGCAUGUUUGGGCCUAAGCCCAGAGGUGCUUUAUAUGGGAUCUAAAUUACCUUGACAUUUAGUGUACUAAUAGCGCAAAUGUUAAUGUUUACUGUACUUGAAGGCCAAAAAAUUGAUUUUAAAAAUGUAUAAAAAAAUAUAAAAUACAGAAUCUGAUCUAAUGCAGGGUGUUUUCAAAAUCCCUUGCAGAUUUUUAAUGAGAGUGUAAAGGAACUUACUGUAUACAUAAAUGGAUAAAAGAGUUGCUUUGGGGAAAGUUGUGACUCGCGGUGCGCCUUUGUCACGUUAUGCCACGAGACUGUCUGUAGCCUCGUCCUAGCACACAGGCAUCGCUUAUCGAUACGUUCAUGGUAAUAUAUUUUUCGUGGAAUCGUGUCAGAUCCUUAGAUUAUUGUUCUCAAGUACAUUAUGAUAAACUAUAGCCCCAAUCCCAUAAUUUCCUCUUUGUAAUUAAUAUUUAAUGUCUGUGUAGAGUCCAAUUUAAGAGGAGUUAGUUGCACUCUUGAUAUGUAAGUAAGCAACUGCCGUCUCAACCGUUUAUUGUAAAAAAUAAUUGAAAGUCGUUGUCGCUUUGAGUUUGCGCAGUCACCUCCCCGAAGCCUUAUUAAGUCAGAGGCUGGACCCGCGACGGAUUAAGCAAUUUACAUUAUUUCUGCAAAACACUUUUCAUGCAUAAUAUUUUGCUCACCUCGCCAUUUUGGUAGCAAGCUCGGAAGUUCUGCCAACUUUUGCGUAAUGUAAUAAUCCUUAAGGCCCGUUUAAACUAUUCUGAUUUAACUUCGUUUUUCUUGACUUCACUAGAUAUGCGGCAAAAAAGUUCGCUGUCUCAACGAACGAAGAUAAUGCGUGUGCAAGUAGCUGUAAAUGACCCCUUUUGUUUAUUCAGCCUUAAAGUAUUUUUCCUUUACCCCUUUCAGAUUACCUCAAAAUUAUAUUGUAUAUACGUUAGAUAUGCAUGAAUUGUAUAAAAACUUACGAUGAACAUAUUAGAAUAGCUAUUUAAGUGGGUGACAUAUAGAGUGUGACGUUGUGUUUGUUGGUAAUUCACAAAAAAGCAUUAGAGAGUUCCGCAUAAUCCUAUUGGUUUAAACUAAUUUUUGUUAUUUGGAGAUCAAUAAUGUUAUUCUUGAAGUAGAUUUGUGAUUGGAAAUGUGAACACGUAACAGGAAUAAACUGACUCCAUACUUGUA